AUGUCGCCCCCGCGUGCCCUGCCCCCUCGGCUCACGCACUCGGCCCUGAACAGCUUCGACUGGACACUUGGCAUAGUUAGAGGAUCCUCAAAUCCAGAUACAAGACAUUUCCUGUGUUACACCUGCAAGGAGUACGUGGAAGACCUGGCCAGGGUCCCCAGCAGCUUCCUACAGGAAGCAAAUGUCUCCCUUAUAGUGAUUGGACAGUCAUCCUACCAUCAUAUUGAGCCUUUCUGCAAACUGACUGGGUAUUCUCAUGAAAUCUAUGUGGAUCCAGAGAGAGAAAUUUAUAAAAGAUUGGGAAUGAAAAGAGGUGAAGAAAUUGCCUCCUCAGGACAGAGCCCCCACGUAAAGUCAAACCUACUGUCAGGAAGCCUUCAGAGCCUGUGGCGGGCAGUGACUGGGCCUCUUUUUGAUUUUCAAGGAGACCCAGCCCAGCAAGGUGGAACCCUCAUCUUAGGUCCAGGUAACACCAUCCAUUUUAUACAUCGUGAUAGGAACAGGUUGGAUCACAAACCCAUAAACUCUGUUUUACAGCUUGUAGGAGUUCAGCACGUGAACUUUACAAGCAGACCUUCAGUUCUCCAUGUGUGACUCAAUAUGGAAUCUGUUGCUUGCAAGUGGACCCUUAUGAAUGUGACCUGAAAUGUGGGGGUGUAAUAUUCUGGUGCAGUGUCUAACUUGCUGGCUCUUCCCAGCCUUUGAGGGCUUAUGAAAACAUAAAGAGACCAUGUACCAGUUGAAUUGCAUGCUGAGAGGCAUCAGUUGUCAAUAUGAUAUAUAUUUUUAAUUUCAUAGCUUUUAAAGUUCUAUAAAAUAACAAAUACACAAAAUAAAACUUUAAU